AUGGCCGAUCAUAUCUCCGUCGAGAAGCCGGCGAAGAACUCGAUCUCCGAUGAGAAGCCUGUCGAGAAGUUAAUCUCCGAUGAGAAGCCUGUCGGAGUUAAUAGAUUUGCUCUUCAAUGUGCUAUUGUCGCCUCUAUCGUCUCUAUCAUCUUUGGUUAUGAUACCGGAGUGAUGAGUGGAGCGAUGGUGUUUAUAGAAGAAGAUUUGAAAACAAACGAUGUUCAAAUCGAAGUUCUCACCGGAAUUCUCAACCUUUGUGCCCUUGUCGGAUCAUUGCUCGCCGGGAGAACGUCGGACAUAAUCGGACGGCGUUACACAAUCGUUUUAGCCUCAAUACUAUUCAUGUUGGGUUCAAUUUUGAUGGGUUGGGGUCCUAAUUAUCCGAUUCUCCUAACCGGUAGAUGUACUGCCGGGCUCGGAGUCGGUUUUGCUCUUAUGGUUGCUCCGGUUUACUCGGCCGAGAUAGCGACGGCUUCUCAUAGAGGACUCUUAGCUUCUCUUCCUCAUCUUUGUAUCAGUAUAGGGAUUUUAUGCGGUUAUCUUGUUAAUUACUUCUUCUCCAAGUUACCUAUGCAUAUCGGUUGGAGGCUAAUGCUCGGUAUCGCCGCGAUUCCAUCGUUGGUACUAGCUUUCGGGAUCUUGAAAAUGCCGGAAUCCCCACGGUGGUUGAUUAUGCAAGGACGUUUAGGAGAAGGCAAAAGGAUAUUGAAUUUGGUAUCGAAUUCCCCCGAAGAAGCCGAAAUCCGGUUUCAGGACAUCAAAAUCGCUGCGGGAAUCGACCCGAAAUGCGAAGAAGACGUCGUGAAAAUGGAGAACAAGAAGACUCACGGAGAAGGUGUUUGGAAAGAACUGAUUUUAAGACCGACUCCUGCGGUACGACGAGUUCUACUAACCGCUCUAGGGAUUCAUUUCUUCCAGCACGCGACCGGUAUCGAAGCCGUGCUUUUAUACGGUCCGAAAAUCUUCAAAAGAGCAGGAAUUACGACUAAAGACAAGCUUUUUUUGGUCACAAUCGGUGUCGGAAUCAUGAAAACGACGUUUAUUUUCACAGCGACUUUCUUGCUCGACAAGGUAGGUCGAAGGAAGCUUUUGUUGACCAGUGUUGGAGGUAUGGUCUGCGCUUUGACCUCGUUAGGGUUUGGGCUUACAAUGGCCCAAAAUUCUGGCGGGAAACUUGUUUGGGCUUUGGUACUGAGUAUAAUCUCGGCUUAUAGUUUCGUGGCGUUUUUCUCAGUUGGGCUUGGCCCAAUAACAUGGGUCUAUAGCUCAGAGGUUUUUCCGUUGAAGCUUAGAGCACAAGGAGCGAGUCUCGGUGUUGCGGUGAACAGAGUUAUGAACGCCACCGUGUCGAUGUCGUUUUUGUCGUUGACUAAAGCCAUUACCACCGGUGGAGCUUUCUUUAUGUUCGCCGGAGUUGCAGCGGUGGCUUGGAAUUUCUUCUUCUUUCUCUUGCCGGAAACUAAAGGCAAAUCACUUGAAGAAAUCGAAGCACUUUUUGAAAGAGACGGUGAUAAUAAAGUACGCGGCGAAAACGGCAAAGCUUAG